AUGUCUCCAGAUGAUGUGGUUAUUCAACAACCGAAACGAGCUCAGCCCCCAGACGGUGGAUGGGGAUGGAUGGUCAUGUUUUCUUCCUUUAUGGUCAACGUCUUACUUGAUGGAGUGAUAUUUACAUACGGCAUUUUCUUCCCAGAAUUUCUAAGUUAUUUUGGAGAAAGCAAAGGAAAGACACAACUGUUACAUUCGGUACUUGUUGGAACCUGUCUUGUCACUGGACCUGUUGCCAGUGCCUUGGUGAACAGGUAUGGAUGUAGAUUGGUAUGUAGAAGUGGAGCCGUCAUCGCCAGCGUUGGGCUCUUCAUUUCCUCAUUUUCACCAAACCUGGACGUGAUGAUAAUCUUUUACGGAAUUACAGGGGGUAUCGGAUUUGGACUAUUUUACUUACCGUCGAUCGUGAUAAUUGGUGAAUAUUUCGAUAAACGAAUAGCGUUGGCGACAGGAAUUGCCGUUUGUGGUGCUGGAGUAGGUGCCUUUGUAUUUGCCCCACUCACUGAAUUUCUUUUGGAAACAUACAACUGGCGUGGAACCAUGUGGAUUAUUUCGGCAAUCAUUCUCAACGUGGUUGUUGUUUCUGCAACCUACAGACCACUGGAAACUGAUAUAAACAAGGCCACUGUAAAAAUAAACAACGCUUAUGAUAAAAAAAAUAUAUUAACUGAAAAAAAAUCAGAUCCGUUAUGUAAACAGAUUUGCUCAUCAAUGAAAGACAUGUUCGACUUUUCACUCCUUAAAAGCCCCACUAUGUUGAUGUAUGGAGCAUCAUGUCUUCUCGUCAUGUUUGGUUUUUUUGUUCCAUCGAAUUUUCUGCCUGUUUGGGCUAGCGAGGUCAACUUAUCAUCAGAUGAGGGAGCAUUACUCAUUUUAAUCAUGGGCGUAUCUAACACUGUUUCACGUGUUGUGGUUGGCUACAUAACGGACAAGCACUGGGCCAAUAGUUUGAUGAUAAACAACACAGCCCUUUUAAUUGGUGGAGUAGCUACAGGCUUGGUGCCUUUCUAUACCACAUUUGAAAGUCUUGCCAUUUAUGCCUUUGUGUUUGGCGCAGUCAUGGCGAUUUUUAUUUGUCUGAGAAGUAUACUCAUGUCAGAGCUAUUGGGGGUACACAGACUCAACAGUUCAUUUGGAUUGGUAGGACUGAGCAUGGGACUGUCUACAUUUGUUGGGUCGCCUAUAGCAGGUGCGUUGUCAGACAUGAGUGGGAACUACAACAUGUCAUUCUACUUCGGCGGCAUUACUCUCGGAUUAGGAGGGUUUAUUUGUAUCCCACUCAGACGGAUUGCAAAAUGGGAGAGAAGUCAUAACAACACAUUCAACAUGUCUUCUUCACAUGAUCACGACGAUGAUGAAGAAAGGAAAAAAGUGAAAAUAUCUGUGAAAAGAAAAUCACAUGUUUAUACAAUAUCAGAAAACACUGGAAGACAUAUGGACUACAAAUAG